UCGAGUAGUCAAUUGCAUGCCUAGGACUCUCCAACUUGACGGUUCACACGGGGGGGAAAACGGCUAAAUACUUGGAAUUGGAUUUGAAGUAGUGAGAUGGAAGAUCAACAAACUUAUGGGAAAAUUGAAGGGCAGCCUCUUGUUUCUAUCUGUAGUAUCUUCGUUGUUAGAACGUUUGAUUGCAGUUGAUACCAUAACUCCAGCUCGCUCUAUCAAUGACAGCCAGACGAUCGUUUCACCAGGCCAGAAGUUUGAACUAGGCUUCUUUAAGAUUGGGAAUCCUAGUGGCCAAUAUUUAGGGAUAUGGUACAAGAAUCUUCCGAUUCGGACGUUUGUUUGGGUCGGAAACAGAGAAUCCCCGCUUAUAAAUUCCUCCGGUUUGUUAAAACUCGGUGACGAUGGAAGACUGGCCAUCGUCAAUGAAUCAGGGAGUGUUAUCUGGUCUUCGAAUUCAUCCCGGACGGCUAAAAUGCCAGUUGCGCAGCUGUUGGAUACUGGAAAUUUUGUUGUGAAAGAUGCGGGGGAUGACAAUGAUGAGAGCUACAUAUGGCAAAGCUUUGACUAUCCAUCCGAUACUUUGUUACCAGGCAUGAAACUAGGAUGGAACACGAAAACUGGUCUGAACCGAUACCUGACAUCAUGGAACAGUUCGGAUGAUCCUUCUCCUGGAGAAUAUACUUAUAGUGUGGAUCCUCGUGGACUUCCUCAACUUGUUCUUCGUAAGGGACCGGUUGAGCUGUUCAGAAGUGGACCAUGGUAUGGAACACAAUUCAGUGGUGUUCCAGUUUUGCAGGUAAACCCAGUUUUUACUCCGAUAUUUGUCUCCAAUGCUGAUGAAGUGUACUAUACAUAUAAUAUAACAGCCAAUAUCCCAUCAAGGUUUAUGUUAAGUCAAUCUGGCUCAGUUCAGCACCUUUCCUGGAACGAUCGCCACUCUAAUUGGUACGUCCUAUUCACAGUUCAAGAAGAUAGAUGUGAUAAUUAUGGCUUGUGUGGUAGCUAUGGUAUCUGCAACAUUAACAAGUCUCCCAAUUGCGACUGCUUGAAGGGUUUUGAGCCCAAAUCAUCCAAAGAUUGGGAAGUUCUCGAUUGGGCAGGUGGAUGUGUACGAAAGGAUCCACGUAUAUGCCAUGAAGGAGAGGGGUUUGUGAAAUUUACAGGGUUGAAACUGCCAGAUGCAUCUCAGUUUCGGGUGAAUGUAAGAAUGACGAUUGAAGAUUGCGAGGCAGAGUGCCUGAAGAAUUGUUCUUGCGCUGCUUAUGCUAAGUUUGACAUUAGAGGCACAGGGAAUGGCUGUGUAACCUGGUAUGGAGACCUAAUUGAUAUUAGAGAAGUCCCCGGUUAUGGACAAGAUCUUUCUAUAAGAAUGUCAGCUUCUGCUCUUGCGUUACAUGCUGAUACAAGCAACAAGAGGAAGAAUGUAAUAAUUUCAACAAGUAUAUCAGUGGCUUCUGCAAUGAUCAUCUUGGCUUUGAUUGGCUGGUUUGUGAUCUGGAAGCGAAAGAUAGUUAGAGCUAACCAGCCGGAAAAUCAAGUGACCAUUAGCAAAGUUGAAAGUCAGGAGGACCUUGAACUCCCCUUAUUCGAAUUUGCCACUAUUCAAGCUGCUACUGACAACUUUUCUGCUGCAAAUAAGAUUGGAGAAGGUGGAUUUGGACCAGUAUACAAGGGUGAGCUACAGUCCGGGCAAGAAGUAGCUGUGAAGAGACUUGCAGAGAAUUCAGGACAGGGCCUUCAGGAGUUCAAAAAUGAGGUCAUUUUGAUCUCCAAACUUCAACAUAGAAAUCUGGUCAAGCUUCUAGGUUGUUGCAUUGAAAGGGAAGAGAGAACGUUAAUCUAUGAGUACAUGCCAAAUAGAAGUUUAGACUCCUUAAUCUUCGAUGAAACAAGGAGACCUUCACUUGACUGGAGAAGGAGACAUGACAUCAUUGUUGGAAUAGCUCGUGGGCUUCUUUACCUUCAUAGAGAUUCAAGACUGAGAAUCAUCCACAGGGACCUCAAGGCCAGCAAUGUUCUGUUAGACAACGAGAUGAAUCCCAAAAUUUCAGACUUCGGACUGGCUAGAAUGUUUGGUGGAGAUCAAACUGAAGCAAAUACAAAGAGGGUAGUUGGAACCUAUGGGUAUAUGCCUCCAGAGUAUGCAAUUGAUGGAAACUUCUCUUUGAAAUCCGAUGUCUUCAGCUUUGGUGUUAUACUGUUGGAGAUGGUGAGCGGAAAGAAGAACCGGGGUUUCUUCCAUCCAGACCACAAACUCAACCUCCUUGGGCAUGCGUGGAAAUUGUGGAAUGAGGAGAAGGCCUUGGAAUUAAUGGAUGAAUUGAUGGAACAGGAGUAUCCUGAACAUGAAGCAAUAAGAUGCAUACAGGUGGGGCUCCUUUGUGUGCAGCAGAGGCCAGAAGACAGGCCAGUAAUGCAAACUGUGCUAUUGAUGUUAGAUAGCGAGAGCAUGUCAUUACCUCAACCUGGAAGACCUGGGUUUUAUGCAGAGAGGAGCCUUUCAGAGACAGAGUCAUCAUCCCUUGGGAAGCUAAUUUCGAAUGAGAUGACUGUCACCCUUUUAGAGGGUCGUUAGCAUCCACUAACAUUUAACUCUUGUGUCAAACCUUAUCAAUAUUUGUAAGAAGUUGAGGAAAAAUAGAUGUCUAAUUGAACUUAUGAAACUGAAAACUCAAAGGUAUCCAUUACUACUGGACAUAACCGAAAUGGGAAAUUUUU